AUGUCGUCCACCGACAAGGCCAAUCUUCCCAAAUUCCUUGAGGCAAUGGAGUCAAUCUAUGGCAUAUUCCCAGACGCAACAGACCCUAGUCUUCCCAAAUGGACUCCCCCGCCAGCCGCAGAGGGACAUCGAGGCCGGUACUUGUGGACUGAUGGAUUUGCCGUCGUCAAUUUCUUGACUCUCCACAAACUGACCGGCGAGGUCCGGUACUUGACACUCGCCGCAAACCUCGUAGCCACAGUCCAUGACAUUCUAGGCUACACACGCGAUGGCAACUCCAGGCUUCCUGGUGCUACAGACGACCACCCGCUCAACGGCGGUUUACGCAUUGGGAAAUUGGAAGAGUCAGGUCCGGAUGGUGAUGGACAAUACUUCCACUACCUUACGGUGUGGAUGUUUGCUCUGAAUCGCAUGACCCUUGUCACGGGAAACAAGUGGUACAACGACCAAGCAGUGUCCAUGGCCAAGGCUAUUCUUCCUCACUUCAUGCUCAACGUGUCUUCGAACAGACCUAGAAUGUAUUGGAAAGUCAGCAUGGAUCUCUCCCAUCCACUCGUUACCUCCGAGGGCAAUCUCGAUCCAGUUGACGGAUAUGUGACCUACAGACUUCUCCAAGACAUGAGUGACGACCGUGGAGCUCUCGAAGAUGAGAUUGCUGCCUUCAAGAAGAUGGUCGACACCAAAUGGCGGUAUUACUCAUCGAGCGACACGCUGGAUCUAGGAAUGACCUUGUGGACCGCCCAUUGGUUCAGUGCGGAAGAAACCUGGGCUGCCACCAUUUGCCGUCGGGCCGUCUCUUGUCUUGGGUUUCUGAUGCGUGAUGGCUAUUUCGAGGAGCCAAUAAGCCGGAGGCUAGCAUUUCGCGAAUUCGGCACAGCUCUUGGAGUCCGCGCCGCAUUGCCGCGCUUGGGUGAUGAGGACACAGCAAACACCGAACUCCAAGCCCUGCCGGACCUCAUUUGCAAGACAUGGGAAGAUGAUGGCCUGGUCCCGGUACCUACAAAACAGCUGCAAGGGCGGAUGGCGGAGUUGAUGCCUAUCACGGCGGUCAUGUACGCAUCGGCUUUAGUUCCUGGCCUGAUGUGUCGACAGUCAUGA